CUCGGAAUUCGUGAUGGAAAAGUACUACACGCAAUCUUUCCACUUUCGAUUGUAUCUUACACGACGAAUCCAACGUGGAGGUAGGGUAAAAAAUAGAAAUCUAAAACAUUUAAGGCGGGUGAAACCAACAUGGUCGCAGUAUCAAUAACAGUAAGGCAGCACGCGCAGCAGGAGAAACCUCGGCCCAGAAGAUAGCACAAGAAGAACAACGCUUUCCAUUUUGUAUCGCUCGGCCUUCGGGAACACGAACAACCCAACUAGAAACUGGACGAUGCCGGCGGUGGUUCCAGUGAUGGGUAGUACGGGUCACCCUCCGCAGUUGGGUGGAUUCGAGAGGCAAUGCGCCACCCUGUUGGACUGGAGCAAUUACUACUUCGGUGCGGACAAGGAGACGAAGCUAGCGCAGAUGGCGAGCGAGUUGCUGCGACAGCUGGCCACGCAGCCCUCCGGCGCGCUGCGCGAAGAGGAUUUGCUGUCGCUGCGUGGGCGCGCGCUCUCCGUCACGGACCCCGACCAGGCUACGGCGCUGUUGGAGCGCGGCCUUCGUCGCAACCCCCUGUCCCAGGCGAGCUGGACCUGCCUGGGCGAGCUCUACUUCGGCAAGGGCGAAGUUGAAAAGGCGUGCACGUGCUUCCACAACAGUUUGGAUUUCACCGGCGAGAGCGCAACCAUCUGCCGAAAUCUUUCGAUCGUGCUGCGCAAAAUGGAGCGACCCAAUACUUCCCAAGCCCAACACCAUGUAGCUGUUGGCAACGGCGCGGCCCCCAUCCCGGGGAAGAGGCAGUCGAGUCGGUCUCUCGAGUGGGCUCAGCGCGCUGUGGAGAUUGACCCCGAUGACCUGCUGAACUGGGAAGGACUUGGAAAUUUCCACUUGGACCGGUUUGGCCAGCGGAAUACUACAGAUUCUCUUCAGAAGGCAGCCGAAGCGUACGAACGAGCAGCGAUUCUAGGUGCGAUUGGUGUUUUGGCACUUGCUAUUCGUAAAUCUGAUAUGUAAAAAUACCAGCGAUGUUUAUUUUGAUCUUCGAGAACGGCCGUGAUUCUGGCUCUGGGAUUCGUCUGGCAACGACCAGGUCGAGCCGGAACACUAUCGGUGAUAAUUAAGUUCAGCAAAGUAGGGAGCUUAAUAAAAUAAGCGAUGCUCCUUUUUCCACAAUUAAACUCUUCAGAUAGAGCGUCCACAUGGGGCCGAUCACCAACGCUUUACCACAAUCUCGGACUGGUGAAGCUUUUUUCUCUUAAUUUCGGCGAGUCGUACGACGCGUUUGAGGUCUGCGCCCGCACUGUUUCGCAGUACGCAGAGCAAGCGAAAAACCAAAUGCGGACCAUUCUGGAAAUUGCCAAAGCUCUGGACGAGCACGUGAAUCAGAAGGGACGCAUGCGCGCGUCCCGUUUGCAGAGCGUGGCGAAACACCUGAAGGAGCACUGCACGAAGCGGUCGGCAAGUACGAAGUCGGACAACCGGGCUGUUUUUGGAGGGUGGCGCGAAUGCGUAGAGGGAGACGCCGCGGACAGCUGCCGAGAUCCGGACAAAAAGAAAAGGCAAGUACUCACGGUGAAGAUCGUGCACAAAAUCGAAGUGGACGUGCCAGUUCUGCUGAUCUGCGUGGACCAGAACCAAGAGUUUUUCGUUCUGGCUUUGUCGGGCACGGACGCGAACCAACUGAUGAAGAAGGUGAAGCUGGGCGAGAGCAUCGUCGAGGUUACGCAUUUUGAAAAGCGCCCGCUCGUGUACAACAAGGAAGACAACUGCCGUUCGUGGAACUGCGUUCACGUGCAGGAACCGAAGCACCUCAGCCUCGACGGACAUCACCUGGGGAACUUAGCGAUUUCAAGUUUGAAUGAUUGAUGGCGUCGUUUGCUGCCCACAGCAGAGUGAAGACCGAUUCUUCCGUGAAGUGAUAGUCCUACCUGCAAGACUAAUAUGUGCGUUUGACGACGUGUAGCCGUGCUGUUACAUGGUUCUGAGUACGUGCUAAGGUCAUGGUUAAAACUGGCCGCACGUCUACCCGCACAUCGCCCCGGAUGUCGCAUGGCACAAGCUGCUUGACGUGGUGCGGAAGUCGUGCGCUGCGUAGAUUGGUGUGAAAGUCCGAAAGAAGCAUUGCGUCUUUGCAUCAUA